CCGUGACAUGGUGAUCGGAUUCAGCACCGAUGCGGGGAAAGCCUGGCUUGCUGGUCUGAGUAAAGCUGCUCUUGACUACAUCGCUCUCAGCCUCGUGAACCGUUCGACCACCUUGUCCCUUCACAUCGGUGUCCACGGCAGCCCUUGGCCUACUUUGCAGCCGCCUUACACCCCUGAGCGCGCGCAGCUUAUCGCGAACGCGGUUCACCGGCAAAGUCAUCGUCUCGAGGCUUUACUCUCGGUUUGGAGCAGUCGUCAGAGCCUCGGACAUCCUUCUUUCCCCCACAGCAACAGAGCACGAUGGCUUUCAGUCAGACAUCGCUGAAGCUCAGCAUGUUGGGCUCCAAUCCGCAGCUUCGCAUGAUGGCCUCCGGCGCCCGAGCCUUCUCAUCCGGCCGUGCCGUCGCUACAUCUUCGACCAAACCCACCCAAGCCCAAGCUGUGCAGCCUAACGCUGCCACUUCAUACAUCAAGGGCACAGUCAACGAUCCCACUCCCUACCCUCCUCCCGCCCCCUCUCACGGUUCCUACCACUGGCUGUUCGAGCGAGGACUUUCGGUAGCACUGCUGCCAAUCGUAGCAGCUGGCAUGGUCAAGCAUGGUAGCUCGGGUCUGCUGGAUGGCGCACUGGCGGUGUCCCUCAUCGUGCACUCCCACAUCGGAUUCGAUUGCAUCAUUGCGGAUUACUUGCACAAGAGGAAGUUCCCCGUCAUCGGCCCUACUGUCUCUUGGACUCUUCGCGCUGCUACAGUAGCCAGCUUGGUCGGACUCUACGAGCUCAACACCAACGACAUUGGUCUUUCUGAGUUUAUUGCGCGCGCUUGGGUCGCAUAAGGGGCACAGCGUGUAUUUUACCUUCCUUGGCAGUGUCAUGAAACCUCAAUAUCAUGCGCUCACACGCUCGUGGAAGUGAUGGGCAUCAUGAAC